AUGAGUGCUCACGCGAUGGGACAAUUCGUUACAGGAUUACUACUCCUCGCAUUCAUCGUUGGAAGCAAUGCUGCACUUGCUAGAGUGGCAUUCGAGAAACUGACCGAUUACGACUAUCGCGGAACGACCUAUUACAGCGUGAGAAAUCUUUCCCUCUACGAGUGUCAAGGUUGGUGCAGAGAAGACGCCGAAUGUCAAGCUGCGGCAUUUUCAUUUGUCGUGAACCCGUUAGCCCCGGUACAGGAUACAUUGUGUCAAUUACAAAAUGAGACGACGUCAACUAAUCCUUCUGCUUCGCCCCAAAGAGCAGCCAACAUGUACUAUAUGACAAAACUGCAAAUACGAUCCGACAACGUUUGUUUACGCCCGUGGUCUUUUGAGCGUACUCCAAACAAGAUGAUUAGAGGUCUAGACAACGCCCUCAUCUACACCUCCACUAAGGAAGCCUGUCUUGCUGCAUGUCUCAACGAGCAUCGUUUCACUUGUCGAUCACUCGAGUAUAAUUAUGUAACUCUUCAGUGUCACUUGAGUGAUUCUGAUAGGAGAACUACGGGACAGUUCGUGCAAUUCGUUGAUGCUCAAGGAGUUGAUUAUUUCGAAAACUUGUGUCUAAAAGGCAAAGAUGCUUGCAAGGCACAGAGAAACUUUCUGAGUCCACGAAUUGGAGUAGCGGAGGACAAAAUUGCUCAGUAUGCUGGCAUCCACUAUUACACUGACAAAGAGCUUCCAGUGCAGAACGAAGCAUCAUGCAGGUCCGCUUGCGAGCUAGAAAACGAAUUCCUUUGCAGGUCUUAUCUCUAUCGUGGUUUGCCAUUUGGAACAACUUAUAACUGUCAGCUUUUCCAUCUGGAUCACUGGACUCUACCGGACGGCCCCUCGACUUAUCUAAAUGCCGAGAGACCCCUCAUCGAUAAUGGCGACAGAAUUGGGAACUACUAUGAGAAUUUCUGCGAGAAACCAGCAGAACUGCCCUUUUUUAUUGAAACUACGGAAGAUCCAACACUCAAUAAUUUUACAAAAAGUACUGACGUCAACUGUGAUAAAACUGGAACUUGUUAUGAUGUCAGUGUCGACUGCAAGGAUACACGUAUUGCCGUUCAAGUACGUACUAACAAACCUUUCAAUGGUCGUAUCUACGCCCUGGGACGUUCUGAGACUUGUAACAUCGACGUCAGCAAUAGCGAUCUCUUCCGGCUCGAUCUGACAAUGACUGGGCAGGACUGUAAUACUCAGAGUGUGACUGGCGUUUAUUCGAAUACAGUGGUUUUGCAGCAUCACUCCGUGGUGAUGACCAAGGCUGAUAAAAUAUACAAAGUAAAGUGUACCUACGACAUGUCCUCCAAGAACAUUACAUUCGGGAUGAUGCCCAUCAGGGACCCAGAUAUGAUUAGCAUCACCAGUGCUCCAGAGGCGCCACCACCAAGAAUUCGCAUUCUCGAUAAUCGGGCACGUGAAGUUGAAACUGUGAGAAUUGGAGAUAAGCUUACUUUCCGUAUUGAAAUCCCGGAAGACACUCCAUAUGGAAUUUUCGCUCGUAGCUGCGUGGCGAUGGCCAAAGACUCUAAAAGCACGUUUCAAAUCAUCGACGAUGAAGGGUGCCCAGUGGAUCCUUCAAUUUUCCCAAGUUUUACACCCGAUGGCAAUGCUCUGCAAUCUGUUUAUGAAGCUUUUAGGUUCACUGAAUCUUAUGGUGUUAUAUUCCAGUGUAACGUCAAGUACUGUCUUGGCCCCUGUGAACCGGCUGUUUGUGAAUGGGGUCGUGAAGCUACUGAGUCUUGGGGAAAAAGGAAGCGACGAAGCAUUUCGAAUGGAACUGAAGAGAAAUCGGAGGAUAUGACACUUUCUCAAGAGAUACUCGUAUUAGAUUUUGGAGAUGAGAAACAAUCAGAAUUCCUUAAGAGGGAUGCCAGCAUUGACUUCAAUGAGUCUGGAAGUAAUCUGAAGACUCUAACAAAGGACAUGGAAUAUUCUUUGAAAGAUGAUUCUGAUUUCUUGGACGGGAUGAUUUGCAAAGAACGAUCAGAGGGGUUCUAUCUCGGUAGUUGUCAAGAAUCUCCACGUGGUGCUAUGCUGUAUACCAUUGAAUUCGCCCAAGAUCUUUGUGAGCAGUUAGAAAAUCAGGUGGUUCAUGAUUUUAUUGCUAAAGAACAGGCUGCUUUCCUAAAAUCAUCGAAAAAAUCACUUCAAACUGGACAAUUCCUCGUGGUACCAGCUGAAUGGCAUUAUUUUGCUUCAGCCCAUGGGAAGGGCCCCUGUGACGGUGUUGGAGGCACAGUGAAGAGGCAAGGUGCUAGGGCUAGUUUACAAUUACCGCCAGAUCGUAAAAUAACUACAGCUGAAGAACUGCACUCAUGGGUACUCAACCGUCGAUUUAACGAAGCAAAGCUCUUACCAUCAACACAGAAGAUCCACUGUGUCAUACCCCUGGAGAAUGGUAAAGUUGUAGCCAGAAGAUUCUCCAAUUUGAGCCAAGUUCAUACCCAACUUGGCUUGAUUAAUCCAAAUCCCUUCACUGACAAGUCCGAUGGGAUCCAGCGAAAAUAUCAAAUUAAAAAAGCCUUCAAAACUAGAAUACCAUCCAGAGAGGAGUGGCUAGAUUCAAAACUUAAACCAGGACCUAAGGAGGAUUACUGGUUUACCGAUGGAUCUGGCUACAAUGAAUCCUUUGGGGCGGGGAUCUAUCGAUUGAAGGAUGGCUUCGGGGAAAGCUUCCCCCUGGGCCAGCAUGCAAUAGUUUUUCAAGCCGAGGUGUUAGGCAUAGCCAAGUUUGCCGAGCACCUGGUAGCAAAAGAGACGGAAGGGAUGAAAAUCUUCCGCAGCGACAGCCGGGCAGCCAUAAGAGCACUGGAGAAAGCCACUACUAAUUCUAAAGUGGUGUGGGAGUACAUGCAAGCAAUUGCCACUUUAGGGGAGAGGAAUAAAAAUCACCUUAAUCUGGGUUCCGGGCCACUACGGAAUACAGGGUAA